AUGGCUGCUGGUGAUGGCUCGGACGAGCCAGUCGAGAAAGGGCACUCGACCCCCAGCCAUCCACCCCCCCCAGCCCGACUGCUCCCCCACUCCGUGAGGGAUGACUCCGAAGAUGAAGAUGAAGUUGAGGAUGGAGAGGAUGAAGAGGAAGAGCCAAAAUUGAAAUAUGCGAACCUGACCAGAAAUCUCAGCCCCUUGUAUCGCAAUGGCGAUGCCACCAGCGCUUUCUUGGUCGCGGGGGACAAAAUGGCAAGUCUAUGUGCCUCUUUCCUUGUCAAGCAAGGUCGUCUUCUAACUCCCCUGCGCGUUUACCACGCCCAUACUGCCAGCAUCUCUGCUAUCUCUAUAUCUCCUCUCCCUGUGCCUCUUCCGGGCUUCCGUUCAGAGCAGACGUCAAGACUGGCUGCAGACGCAAUGUCGCAAAGGGAGUCAUCUCCUUCCAGUUCUCCAGCACCCAAGGGAAAGCAACAACAACUAAGCUCUGUACCGAACACACCUUCCAACCAGAUCUAUAUUGCGACUUCUUCAAUUGACGGAAACGUCUGUAUCGCAUCCUUGGUUGACCCGAAAGAUGUCCAGCUUCGUAAUUUUGGCAGACCAGUACAAACUGUGGCGCUUUCGCCCGAAUACAAGUCGGAUCGGAGCUAUCUGUCAGGGGGCCAGGCCGGCAGUCUAAUACUAACAACUGGCGGACAGGCCGGCAAAAGUGCAAAUGCAAGCACAACUGGAGCUGUGGCUACUGCAUCGAGUUGGCUUGGGUCUAUCGGACUAGGUGCAAAUUCAGGCACCGACAAAGCCUUGCAUAGUGGAGAGGGCAUUAUCAGUACAAUCAAGUGGUCUCUUUCUGGGAAGUAUGUGCUUUGGGUUAAUGAACAGGGAAUCAAGAUCAUGAGGUCGAAUUUGAAGCUAGAAAGUGGAGAAUCUGGCUCUGAAUGGAAGAGAUUGAGCCAUAUUGACCGUCCGACCCGGCCAGGUUGGGAAGACAUGGCCGGAGUAUGGAAAGCACGCGUCGAGUGGGUUGAUCGUGAGAAUAUUGAAGCUGACGAUGAUUCUCCCAUUUCGGCUGUCAUGAGCUCCUCAAACGGUUCAGCCUCUAAGCCUGUUCCCAAGAAAGCAAAGGUCGAGGAAGUAUUGGUUGGUUGGGGAGACUCAGCAUGGAUCAUACAUGUGACUCCAGCUGCCUCCGAUAAUGAAGGUGGGAACAGGAUUGGAAGCGCGGUAGUGGCAACGAUUAUACGAUUUGAUGACUGUACAAUAUCUGGAAUUUCGCUAUAUACCCCAACUUUGCUCGUGAUACUGGCAUAUAUGGAAAGAAAGGGCAAUCAGGCAAGAGCCUCAAGCGCUGACCGAGGCAAAAAGACCAGGAGAAGACACAACGCAUUGGAGCCAGAGUUGCGCUUGAUCGACAUCAAAACCAAAGAGGAAAUCGACAAUGAUACCCUAACAGUGAGUAGGUAUGAGACUCUUUCGGCUUCGGACUAUCACUUAGGCUUCCUUCCUCCCGUCCGCAUGUCUGCUGGCGCUGCACAAAGAGGAUAUUUGGGGACAAUCGGGUCUGGCAUCGGUACGGUUGGCACAAGUCUGUACACCGGCGUGGAAACUGUUGGUCAAGGGGUGUGGGAUGCCACCAUGUACGGGCCUCGGAUGCUGGGUGCUAAUCGCAUGUUUAGCGGUGCUGAUAGCAUCAGGAGCGGUAUGAGUGGCCCCGAUAGAGGCAGUGCAAGAGAACGCAAUUACCUAACAGGCUGGAUUCCUGGGUUUGGCUCGAGUGAAACGAAUCAGAAAGAAGACGCGAACAGUCUAGCCACUGCCCAGAGCAUGAAAAUCUUCAUCUACAGCCCAUACGACUGCAUUGUUGCAAUUCGCCGGAAUCUACAUGAUCGUGUGCAGUGGCUCACUAGUGUGAAAAAGUAUCAACAGGCUUGGGAAUUAGUUGAUCAGCAUCCGGAAGCUGCCGGCGUCGCUUCGGAAGCCUCAGAAGCCUCUACACCACCGAGUCCGUCCAAGGCUAGCUCGGUAUCACAAUCAGCAAACACAGUUCCUGCAAGUCCUACCCAGGUUCGCCAACAGGCGACACUGGCCGAGUUUUUCGCGGACUCAGCGUCCAUGACAAGCUCCGCUCAGGUCAAGUCAAGGGGGAAGUUCUCUAUCGCAGAAAAAGAAAAGCGCAGGAUAGGCGAAUUGUGGCUCAAGCAACUCGUUGAUGCUAAGGUCUGGUCUGAAGCAGCUGAGGUCGCUGCAAAGGUACUGAACACAACCACCCGAUGGGAACACUGGAUCUGGGUAUUUGUCAAAAGCCACAGAUUUGACGAAAUAUCACCUCACAUUCCCACUCUCGAACUGACUCCGCCACUGCCUUCAUCAAUCUUCGAAAUUGUUCUCGGACACUAUCUCGAAACUGACAGGUUCCGAUUCAAAGAGUUGUUAGAUCUGUGGCCAUCAGAUCUUUUUGAUAUCAGCAGCAUCACAACUGCUAUCGAGGAUCAGCUCGAGUCAGGGACGGCACCCAAGGGCUCUGAAGAUUGGAGACUUUUGCAAGAGGGCAUUGCUAAGCUGUUCCUGGCCGAUGGUCAUUACAAUGAAGCUUUGAAGUGUUACAUAUAUCUGCAGGAUGCGGAUACAGCUUUGUCGCUAAUCAAGGACCACCAUCUUGUCGAGGCAGUCGCAGAUGAUAUACCAAGCUUCGUGCAACUCCGAGUGCCAUCCAGUCAGUUGGGGUCGAUUUCUAUCGAUGAACUCGAUGAACUCGCGGCAGAUCCAAUAAGCGUGUUGGCAGACGAAGCCACUCAUGGGGUCGUGGAGCCAGACGAAGUCAUCGCUCAGCUGGACACUCCUGUUCUAAAACCGUUCCUCUAUUUCUAUCUGCGUACUUUGUGGCGUGGUGAGAGUGAGAUCGAUUCAUCGCAACGACCUCGUGUUGGACACUCUGCUGCUGCGACGGCGCUCGCGGCAGAUACGGGGAAACAGCUUGCUGAACAGUUUGCGGAUACUGCAAUCGAUCUCUUCGCAGAAUAUGAUCGUGCUCUGCUCAUGGAAUUCUUGCAGACAUCUACGGCAUAUACUUUUGAGAAAGCUGUCAAAGUUUGCGAGAGGAAACGCUACAUUGAAGAAUCGGUCUACCUUCUUAGUAAGACAGGACAAGUGAAGAAGGCUUUGUUUUUGAUCAUCGAUGAACUCAAAGAUGUCUCCAAGGCCAUUUCUUUCGCAAAAGAGCAAGAUGACAGAGGACUAUGGGAUGAUUUACUUGAGUAUAGUAUGUCACGACCGAGUUUCAUAUCAGGUCUACUGGAAGAAGUCGGCACCGCCAUCGACCCAAUCACAUUGGUGAAAAGAAUACCUUCCGGACUGGAAGUUGAAGGCUUGAAGGAUGGUCUGCAUAAGAUGAUCCGAGAGUAUGAUCUCCAGGACAGCAUUAGUUCUGGCGUUGCAAAAGUGUUGAGCAGCGAAGUCGCUGUUGGUAUGGACACCCUCAGACGAGGUAGAAGAAAAGGCAUCAAAUUCGACAUUGGGUUCAUCCCUCAACCAAAAGGACCACCGGGCCUAGAUAUGGAGUCCACGCAAACUCCAACCGAAAAACCCAAUCACAUUACUGAGCCGGAAAUCCAACCAGGCCACUGCGCCGCUUGUCAUCGUGCGUUUCACCAAGACGAAAGUGAAACGCUUGUCGGUUUUGCUUGCGGCCAUGUAUAUCACGUAUCACAUCUGCUCCAUGGACCGGAUUCGGAAGGCGACGAGUCUACCUUGCCUCGGAGUGUUAAGGACGUUGAAGAAGACGUCGACAUUAGUGAGCGCUUCUCCAGGUCUGUUGGGCCUAAAGUCACCAAUGCAAGAUUGCUCAAGGAUAAGAUCCAAGGGGUUGGUGGAUGUGAUAUAUGUAAAGGGAAAAGGCAGCGGGCUGAGGUGGUCGGUGGCGUGUGA